GAGGUUAUUGAAUUUAGACAUAUUCUGAGGUGAAAACUGCUACGGCAAUUUAAAAUUUCUUAUCUACAUAUUUUGCGUCUUUUGUGAAGGGAGUAAAUGGUUUGGCUUCUUUCAAGUCCUUUACCUCUCUCCUUUCCCCACAAGAGAAAAUUGGUAUUAUGCUCCUUUGCUGCAGAAUUGACUAAUGUCAUUUUACAGGGACUUUCACUUUUCUGAUUUAAUCCUUCCUUUCCCAUAAGGAAAGAAAGCAAUACUUAAGUCACACUGUCUCCAGGACAUCUGAUGCUUUGACACUCUUAGCACAGCUCUGCUAAGCCCAGGUCCCUUUUUAAGAUUCACAUGGGGCAGCAGGGAUUACAGGUGCUGCAGAUAAAACUACGAGGGGGCAAGGACUUUGAGGCCUUUUAAAGAGGGGUGAGUUGAAGGGAACUAAUCCUAGUUGAAACAAAGGGGAAAGUUUAUGUCAGUUUCGUGAAUGUAAUUGGAAGAAAAGGGUGAACUGUAUAUAGCAGAGGCAUCCCCGUUGGGAAGAAUAAGAAGCAGAGGGGAGGGCCAGUUUUCCAUUUCAGUGUCUUAAUUUCCAUUCUUUGAGGGGUUAACAGUGUUGAAGCAUCAUGAUUCCCUCUACAGGACUCAAAUCAUAAUCUAAAGUUCUAUUAAUUGGAUUCUAUAAUUUUUUUAAAAAAUAAUAUAGUGGAGUUUCCUAUAUCUGUCCUUAUAAUGUUUUAGGUUGUUUAUUCUCUGUUGGUGCUUAGUAGCAUGAUGAAAAACUGAGCAGUUGUGCUCUCUGACUUUGGAGGGUGGGGGUUUGUUUUCUUUUAUUUUGAUGGAAGUGCUAAGCCAAUUUAAAUAUGACUGAGGAUUAAGUCUGGCAGGCAACUCUUUGUAUUUUGUAUUAGACUUCAAAAUCUUUUCUUCUUCUUCCUCUUCUUUUUUUUUUUUAAAUCCAGGAGAAUGCUUUAUUGCAACUUUUAGCUGACUAGAUGCUUAACUUAGUAACAAGUUUAGCCCUUGUAACUGGCUAGCUAAAAGCAAAUCGGCUUGUUUCUCAGAUCUUUGGGGGAUAGCAAGAAACAUUUGAGUGAAUGUUGUUGAAGAUUUUCAGUAGUAUAGAAAAUGAUGGCGCUCUUGUGAUAUUUGUAAGUACAAGCAAGGAUUUGGCACAGACAUCCUAUUUCAUGGCUACCAACAGUCUACAUCUUACCACCUUCUGUCUUCAGUACAAACCAACAGUGAUAGCAUGUGUAUGCAUUCAUUUGGCUUGCAAAUGGUCCAAUUGGGAGAUUCCUGUGUCAACUGAUGGAAAACAUUGGUGGGAAUAUGUGGAUCCUACAGUUACUUUAGAAUUAUUAGAUGAGUUAACACAUGAAUUUCUACAGAUACUGGAGAAAACGCCUAGUAGGUUGAAGAAGAUUCGAAACUGGAGGGCUGAUCAGGCGGCUAAGAAACCAAAAGUAGAUAGACAAGUAUCGGAAACACCGCUUCUUGGUUCAUCUUUGGUCCAAAAUUCCAUUUUAGUAGAUAGUGUUGCUGGUGUGCCUGCAAACCCAAGUUUUCAGAAACCAUCUACAUCAGCAUUCCCUGCACCAGUACCUCUGAAUUCAGGAAAUAUUUCUGUUCAAGACAGCCAUACGUCUGAUAAUUUGUCAGUACUAGCAACGGGAAUGCCAGGUACCUCAUACAGUUUGUCAUCACACCAAGAAUGGCCUCAACAUCAAGAAUCAGCAAGGACCGAGCAGAUAUAUUCACAGAAACAGGAGACAUCUCUGUCUGGUAGCCAGUACAACAUCAACUUCCAGCAGGGACCUUCUCUCUCCCUGCAUUCAGGAUUGCAUCACAGACCUGACAAAAUUUCUGAUCAUUCUUCUAUUAAGCAAGAAUAUACUCAUAAAGCAGGGAGCAGUAAGCACCAUGGACCAAUAUCUGCUACUCCAGGAGUUAUUCCUCAGAAGAUGUCUUUAGAUAAAUACAGAGAAAAACGUAAGCUAGAAACCCUUGAUCUGGAUGUCAGGGAUCAUUAUAUAGCUGCCCAGGCAGAACAGCAACACAAACACAUUCAGUCGCAGGCAACCAGCAGCAGCUCUGUAACUUCUCCCAUUAAAAUGAAAAUUCCCAUCACAAAUGCAGAAAAACCUGAAAAAUAUAUGGCAGAUAAGAAGGAAAAAAGUGGAUCGCUGAAAUUACGGAUCCCAUUACCACCCACUGAUAAAAGUGCCAGUAAAGAAGAACUGAAAAUGAAGAUAAAAGUUUCUUCAGAAAGGCACAGCUCUUCUGAUGAAGGCAGUGGGAAGAGCAAGCAUUCCAGCCCACAUAUUAGCAGAGACCAUAAAGAUAAGCACAAGGAACAUCCCUCCAACCGCCACCACCCCAGCAGUCACAAGCAUUCCCACUCACACAGUGGCAGCAGCAGUGGUGGCAGUAAACACAGUGCUGAUGGAAUACCACCCACUGUUCUGAGGAGUCCUGUUGGCCUGAGCAGUGAUGGCAUUUCCUCUAGUUCCAGCUCUUCAAGGAAGAAGCUGCAUGUCAAUGAUGCAUCUCACAACCAUCACGCCAAAAUGAGCAAAAGUUCCAAAAGUUCAGGUAGUUCAUCUAGUUCUUCCUCCUCUGUUAAGCAGUAUAUAUCCUCUCACAACUCUGUUUUUAACCAUCCCUUACCCCCUCCCCCUGUCACAUACCAGGUGGGCUACGGACAUCUCAGCACCCUCGUGAAACUGGACAAGAAGCCAGUGGAGACCAACGGUCCUGAUGUCCAUCACGAGUACAGUACAAACAGCCAGCAUAUGGACUACAAAGACACAUACGACAUGCUGGACUCGCUGUUAAGUGCCCAAGGAAUGAACAUGUAAUUGUUUGUUUAGGUCAAUUUUUCCUUUCCUUUUUUAAUUUAAAGAUUGUUAGAAUGGAAUCCUCCUGAUCUAGCAGUGGUAACACCUGCCGUUGCUGCCACUGUUUCAAUAUUUGUAAGUGCUGCUUUAUUCUUCAUUCUGAAAAGAAGAGAUUAUAGUAAACAAGUCUUUAUCUCCACAUAUGAUAGUGUUAUAAAUACUGUAAAAGCAUGGAAGGUGCAAAACUCAGUAUUUCUACAAUUGCAGCUGAGAACAUUAGGAUGAAUGGCUGGCUGCUUCUAGGAAUAUAAGAUGCCUCAAGCAUUUGUUAUUUAUAAUUUGAAUACUGUAGCUAUAUUAUUUUUGUUGUUGCUUGACUUUUGAAUGAGUGUAAAUUGUUUUCUUUUGUGUAUUUAUACUUGUAUGUAUGAUUUGCAUGUUUCAAUGUUAAAGGGAUAAAACAGUAUACUGAAAACAGUUUACAGGAAAGUGGAGAAAAAUGUACAUACAUUUUUGUAUGUUUAGAUAUUACCAUAAAUACUCAGGAUUGGAGCUGCUUGUAAGUAUAACAAUAUACAGAAUAACUUUAUUUUAUCUUGUCAGAGUCCAUCACUAAUCUAAAACAAAGGUGGCACUUUUCAUGUUAACCUUAAACUCUAGGCCUUACUGGAAGCCUCUGAAGGGGGACGCUUCAAUACCUGAUGGGUAUGCAGUGCCACAGAUGGUCACUUACACUGUGAGGCACUGACCUGCCUUCAGAGGUUCUGACCAGAUUGGCUGCUGAAAUAGCCCCUAGUUUUCUAAAGGCUUGAAGAGGAAAAAAUUAAGUUUACAUACUCUUGAUGUGAAGUGCAGUUAAAUGUUUGUUGGUUUGUUGCAGUACUAUAACACGGAGCUGUUAAUAAUGGUUAUGUAGAUUACUGUGAUUUGAAAACUAAAUUCACAAAAAGUACAUAGUGAAAAAUUAAGUUUUUUCCUUAAAGAAAAAACGUCAACACUACAUAGUUUAACAGUAAAUAGGGAUCGCGUUUCCUUCAGCAUUCGGAAUGACAGUGUAUUCUCAAACAUACUCCUCCCCUCAAGCUUGUUUGUGUGUGAUGCCACAUUUCUUUUUCAGGUAAAUUCAGUCUUCCUUUAAAAAUAAAAUUAAAACUAUUACUCUCUCAGUUCUUUUAUAUUCUAACAAUAAAUAAAAAGAAAAGAUCACUGUGCAUUGUAUCUGUAUUUAUAGCUUAUCAGGAACCUCUGAGGAAAAAAAGGUAGACAGCUAGUGGAGGUUUUACAUUUGCUUGCACGUCUCAGUAUAGCCCUGUUGAGGUCAUUUUGGCACAGUCAUCUGACUUUGAAUAAACAAUAGACAUUAAUUUGUUUAAAAUUUGUUUUAAACAGCAGUAAUACGGCCCUGGUUUAUCAGUGAGUCUUCUAUUUAUUCUGUGGUAAAUCUUUGAGCUGUUGAGUAUCUUUGAGAUGGGUUGAAUUCAGCUUCUGUUGAACUGAAAGCUGUCUUCAUUUUUCCUCUAUGUAUAUGAUUUAUUUUUGUUUUAAAAAGCCACUGAUAUGUGCACAAUUGUAAUUUUAUUCAAGUAUGUUGCAGUUGUAAAUAUGAGAGUUUAAUCUUGUGCUCUACUUUUAUUUAGUAAUUACCUAAUUUGCCAAUAGCUUUAUAAUUUUUUAAAAGAUAAUUGUUUGUUAUUUUGUUAAUGUUAUUUGAAUUUAGUAUAGUAGGAGCUUCUUUCUAGGGACUUUCCCUAGCUAGCAUGUCCUAACAUUUGUUUGUCUUGCAUAACUUUAGUAAUCUUUGUCAUUAUGUGUAACUUUGUUGUUCUGUAUGGCAUAUUAUUGUUAUCCACAAACAUAAUUUUGAUGCAGUUAUACUUUGACAGUGGUACAUAAUCCAAGGACUAGUAUAUAGAAUUAAGCUGAGUACAGAAUGAGGGAGGGAAGGGUUUUGUUCUUGGUAAUUUAGAUGUGAAACCUCUAAGGAGCUAUCAUGUGAAACUACAUAGUGUGGUUAUGCUACUGUAUACUUAGGGAUGAUAAUACCAGGAAUUUUAAUAAGAUUUUGUAAAGAAUAUCCAGAAAAUUAGUGAACAUAUUUUCAGUAUGACAUAGAAAACAAUGUGAAUAUUUAAGGUCUGUGACUAUACUUAAACUUCACAAAGAAUUUGCAGAAUUGUUUUGAGAUGUGGGAAUAAAAGUAAUUUUGUUGAAUCUUUAUUGGUGCUAAUGAUGGACAGUUAAAAAGUUGGCUAGUGUAUAUUGUUAUGGGUCAGUACUUAUUAGUACUUCCAAAAUUGAAUUUAAAAUGCUAUGUAUUCACUUUUCACUCUGUAAAUGUAAAUCUUUACAAUGACUUUAUUUAUUAAAGGGCAGCCAGUUGUAAUUUUUACAGGAUUGUGUGAGCUGUUCAAACUCCUUAACUUCUGAACGGGACAUUAGCUUCCAAAACCAUGAAGGGGAUAAAUAUGGAAAUCCUUUUAAGUUUCAACUCCAUUCAGUGAAAAUUCACAUAAUUCAUAUUACCAUGAAUUUGCUUUAGCUGUCUCAUCAGCCUGGUCCCAGUAGGCUCAACCAAAGAAAAAGACUCUAGAGAAUGGACAUUAUUUCUGAGUCUUCUUGUAAGUAGCCAUAAAUGAACCAAAAUAGUAUCACCAAAUUUAGGUAUGAAAUUCCACAUGUGCAAAGUACUGUUAAGGUGAAACAUUUUUGAUGAGAUUUUUAAAACUAUUUGAAAUAUUAAAAAGCAUUAUCUUUUAA